UAUAAAUACUCCUAAUCUUAAACAUUUUUUCAUAUCUCUUCUCCAAUUCUUCCUAAAUCCUAUUCUUAACUCUCUACUCUCUAAUUCUCUUAUUCUCCAAUAUAUUAUACUAUCGUAUUUAUUAUUUAUAUAUCUACUUUAUAGUUUAUACUUAAGAAGUUAAGAUGGAAAAUCAAGAUGUCAUUAUACGGUAUAAUUUUGAUAAGCAGAAGGACCCGAAGAUCGGGAUGUGGUACGCAAUUUGCAAAUGGUGCGAGAAAAAAUGUAGCAUGGGGGUUUCUGGCGGAUUCGGGAUGACAAUCAAGCAUAUGAAGUCAUGUGACAAAGCCAAAGGAUCGGGAGGUGCGGGAAGUUCCGAUUGAUUACAAUUUUCAAAAUGUUUAUCUCUUAAUGUUUGUUUUAAUUUUCAAAUGUAGUUCCUAUUUCAUUUCAAAUAAAUGCAAUUGAAGUUUGUUUUUAAUACUCGUAUAAAACUAUAAACUAUAAAAUAUAAAUUAUAUAAAAAAAAAUUUAACCGGCCCGAACCGGACCCGACCCGUGACCCGGGCGGGUGGCCCGGCCCGGACCGGAUCCGUCCAACCCUCGGCCCGGUCCCGGGCCCAUGUCAUACUACCCGGCGGCCCGACCCGGCCCGAGUCCAUCAAUAUCCCAUAGGCAGGAUAGUAGUGGCAUCUACUUGAUAGUAAAUGAUCCGAAACACUCGAAUACUUGUACACUUUGUCCCAAGUUUUUGUUCCAUCAAUAUUGAGAUAUUAGAAGGUGAUGUAAUUAUUAAGAAAAGUAAGAGUACCUGAUUGCCACUGAAUUAUUAAAGUUAUAAAAAUAUAAAAAUGAUUUAGAAUCCCACAAACCUUAUCAAAUUUUGUAUGAGAAAAUCUAAGUGAGACGGAAUGACAGGAAAAAUGAGGCAAUCUUAUGAGAAGGAAUGUAGUACUACGUACUUUAAUUAAAAAGUUAUUUACACAUUAUAGGCUUAUAUGUACGGUUACCAAAUAUUUAGCAGAACAAAUGUCACUGAAGUUUUAUACGUAGUACUACAUGUGUUAUAUGAUGAAUUUAUUGUAAUAAUAUUUUGACAGUUUUAUACUUCCUCCGUUCUUUAUUAAUUGUCUCGUAUUCUUUUUUGGGACGUUUUUAAUUAUUUGUCCUUUCCUUUUUUGACAAGUUUUUUCAAUCGAAAUACCUUUUUACCCCCACUUUUAUUACCCUUACCCCUUUGUCUUUCCUACGUUAUCAUUUAAACACAAACAACUACACAUUUUACAUUACCCCUAUUAUUUUCCGUUUAAAACUCGUGUCAAAUCCUAAAGGAACACUUAAUAAAGAGGAAAAUUCUACGGUACAUGUUACUACCUCCGUCUCAUAAUUUACUUCCAAAAUAAAGUGGUACGCAGAUUAAGAAAGUGGGAAUUAUGUGGUGGAGAGUUGUGCAGAUGAGAGAGAAAUGUUGUGAAUCACAAAUUGUUUGCCAAAAAAGGAAAGGGAAAUUCUUUUAGGAACGGACGAAAAGGAAAAGUUGGAAGUAUUUUCAGGGACGGAGGGAGUAUAAUUUAGCACGUACCGUACCUUUGCCUUGUUGGACUAAUCAAAACCAUACAUAAGGAUUCUUUAAACACGUAUACGAAACCCACUUAUUUGCAUUUCAAUCCCGUGAAGCUCUUGUUUUUUACGGAAGUAGGAUGAAAUUAAACGGAGAAGCAUCCGCUAAACCUCUCUGAACGCAGAACGAAACAAAGAGGCGCUGGGGUGCUAUAUUCUUGAAGAUGAACGCAAGGAGAAAGGGGCAAAGGUGUUUUCUCUUCUAAUUUUCUGGCGGCGCUCAAGUUAGUAAGUUUACUGGCGGCCAGACUACAUGUUUCCUUUGCUCGGCGGCGGCCGCCGCACUCCCUGGGUUCAGCCGAUGAUGGAGGCAAUUUUUCCUUGCUAGUGAUGCUCAACUUUUAAUUUGCAAUGCUCCUCAAUUCUGCUUAGGGCAAAUGUUGUGGCAACAAACUCAUGAAGACAAAGCAACGUCCGGAGAAACGACACUGUUGGAACCGCAGGCAACAAACUCACGAAAAAGAAGCAACGUCUGGAGAAACGACACUGCUGUGUUGCAAACGAACACAGAAGCAAAGGUUGGGAAGAAAUAAGAGCUGCAAGAAGGCCUGAAUCUUCAAUGUUACUCUUAGUUAUAGUCACAAACUCCACUUUAGAGAUAAUUUCUCGAGCUUGGUCAGUUAGAUCAGAAUCAGAGGCAUACUCUUUGGCUGCUUUGUAAGGGUCAAAGUUCAGAAGUUGAUUUAGGUCUUAAAGAUGUGAAUCAUUAUGUGCUCUAAUAAUGGUAUCAAUAUCAGAGAUGAUAAGUAUGUGCUGGGAUAUCUGUUUUCAAAAGAAACUCCAUAGCUUGAUUGUCCUUAUUAAUCUUUUCUUCUGAUUCAAUGAUGCUCGGGAUGUCCUUUUCCGGGACAAAGAUUUCAUGAAAUACCUCUUUCGUUUCCAAUUCUGAAACAUCAACAAUCUGGGUGUGCUCAGCUUCAGGACGCUUGGAAAUGGAUGGUUUUUCUGCAAUAACAAUUGAUUUACCUUUAGGAACUGAAUAAUAUAUAUUAUGUCAUUAUUAUUAAUCAUUGUUUUAUUCCGCUCUUGAGUCUUGAGUAGAAGCCUUAGUUUUAGGUGUCCAACUUCGUCUAGGAGAGGUGAUAGCUUUGAGGUCACCUUUGGUAACCCAUCAGCGAUUACUUUAUGUUUAGGAUAUUUGGAGGCCUUAGAAAAUUCAUGUAAUGUACCUCCAAAGUGCAGCAUAUCUGUUGAUGGUAUUGGUCCACCUCACCCGGGCCACCCUUAUGUCUUGGUCCACCUCAUUUAAUAUGCUGGUCUCCGGCCUAUUUAAUGUUCUGGCCCAACUGGGCUGGAAACCUGACCAAGCCCAUUCCCUUAUCCCUUGUCUUAUACCUAGCCCAUGCCCGUGUGGCCCUCUCUUAUAUUGUCUGGUUCUUUCUCGAAUCUCCUAUUUGACUCCUCCCCUUCUUCCUCCUUCCGAUGAGGCAAUCAGUUGGUUUCUCUAGACCUAGAGUGAGAGAGUUUCUGUUCCCGGAGAAUUCUAGCUCCGACUAUACUCCGGUGAUACGUUGGGGUUCCCUUGGGGUCUUCACUCUAUUCUGGUAGUGUGGUGGGUUGGUUUUACCUCCGGUGGGUCUUUUGGGCUGGGUUCUGGGUUCUGGUUGUGAGGGCUUGUUGGCUGUCGCCCUUCGUCUUCCUUGAUUGUAACUCUGGUGGUGAGUGUGACAAGCCCUUGGGCUUUGUGGUGAUUGAGGUCUGAUCCGGUCCGGAUUUCUAACAGUGGUAUCAAAGCCUGGAUGCUGCUGCCUCUCGCUGACGCCGGAAGCUCACCAGACAACUCCCACACCGGAAACAACUACUGCUCCAUCGAAGUUGGUAAGUCGGGUUGUCUUUGCUGGACACCCGCUCAGGUAUAACACCAAAACCCUAACCUUUGGGCUGCUGGAGUGCCACCGGCUUCUGUGUUGCAUGGGUAGUUCUGUAACCCUAGGUUAAGGAACUGCCGGUUAGAAACCCUAGCUUUUCCGUUUUGCAUGUGCAGAUCCUGUCUAGACAGAUCUGCAGAAACCCUAAGUCUGUUGAAAUAGUGCAUGAGUGGUCCAAUCUGUGUCGAACUUGGCCACUGGUUAUAUGUGAACUUGUUUUGCUAAAAUUAUUCUCUGUGUGAUUACCUCUGAACCUGUCUCUGUAUUGCUGUAGCUUGCCCUAAUUUCUGUUGUAUUAUCUGUGUUAUUUCUCUGCUCAGUCAGUCUAUUAAUUUUCUUGUGCUUGGUGUUGAGUUCUGGUAAUUGUGUGGCUUCCUAACCCCUGGUUGGCUAGGGCACCUGAGGUUAGGGCUAAGUGAUUCCCUGCCAGCCACUUCAGUGGCCCCGGAACUGCGUGGUCACUUAGUCCGCAGCCCAAACCACCAGGGUUAAGCCUUUAUAUUACCUGUAUCUCUGCAGUUUUGUAGUGACUGUUAUCAUGGCUUCAAACCAGUAUGGUAUGAUGCCUUUUAAUGGUAAGACUGACUUUGAUAUUUGGAAACAGAAAAUAAAAUGUGUGUUAAUACAACACAAAGUUCAUAGAGCUGUUACUGGACAAUACUUAGAAACUGAAGAAAAACCUAAACAAGUUGAAAUGAAUGAAACAACGUGCUCAACCAUAUACUUAAACUUGUCUGACUCUGUCCUUAGAAAGGUUGGAGUCAUUGAGUCUGCUAAAGACCUCUGGGAUAAACUUGAGUCUCUAUAUACUGAUACUUCCCUUCCUGGCAAACUGUUUUUGUUGGAAAAGUUUUUUAGGUUCAGACUUGACCUAACAAAAGAUAUUGAUGAAAACCUAGAUGUUUUUAAUAAACUAAUCCAAAACAUUAAGCAGGCUGGGGAUAAACAUAUAGAUGACUACACUGCCAUAGUCCUAUUGAAUGCUAUACCUGAUUCCUAUAAUGAUGUUAAGUCUGCCAUUAAAUAUGGGAGGGAUGACAUAACCCUAGAUAUUGUUAUUAAUGGCCCGAGAAGUAAAGAACUUGACUUAAAACAUUCUAGGAACCAUCAUAGGGAAUCUAGGGAAGCUUUGUUUGUUAGGGGAAGGUCUAAAAGCAGGUCUAGACACCCUAAAACGGACAAUCAGGAUAAGAAUGGUAGACAACCUAGUAAGAAGAGGUAUAAGUCUAGGAAAAGAGUCUGCUAUAACUGUGGUAACCCAGGACACUUCAUAAAAGAUUGCACCCAACCUAAGAGAAAUGACCAGGCUAAUGCUAUGACUAGUAAACCUGUAGAGGAAGAAGUCUUUAUGGUCUGUGAUCAAGCCAAUUCUGUGCUUAGUAGUCUGACUGAAUCUAAAUGGUUAAUAGACUCUGGGUGUACCUACCAUAUGACCCCUUUUAGGAAUCUGUUUUCCUCCUAUAACUUAUGUGAAACUGGUUUUGUUUCCUUAGCUGAUAGUAAAAGGUGUAAGGUCCUUGGUAUUGGUGACAUCUGUCUAAAAUUUGAAAAUGGAAUUGUUUUUCAAAUUAAAAAUUUCAGGCAUGUACCUGAUCUAAGGCAUAACCUAUUUUCAGUCUCUGCUUUUGAAGAAUGUGGUCUUGAGGGUAAAUGGGGUAAUGGGUGUACGAAAAUUCUGAAAAACUCCCUUGUUUUGUUUAAAGCUUUGAAACAAAAUAACCUUUAUGUUGUGCAUGCCAAACCUUUUUCUGAAAAUGCUAAUGUUGUACUUAGUGACAAGUUUGUGCUUUGGCACCAAAGACUAGGUCACAUGAGUAAUAGAGGAUUAAACAUUUUGAAACAAACUGUAUGUUUUGGUAAUGACUUGGUGUCACCUAUACCUUUUUGUGAAGGUUGUGUCUUAGGUAAACAACACAGGGUUCAGUUUCCUGUUUCUAGCUAUCCUAGUGAGCCUAAGUCCAAAGCUGUCCUUGACUACAUACAUGCAGAUGUAUGGGGACCUUCCAGUGUCCCUACCCAUGGGGGUAGGAGGUAUUUUCUGUCCAUAAUUGAUGACUUUUCUAGAAAAGUCUGGGUCUGUUUGCUAGAACAUAAAUCUGAUGUGUAUGUUAGGUUUAAAGAAUGGAAAAAUAUGGUAGAAAAUCAAACUGAAUGUAAGGUUAAAACCCUUAGAACUGACAAUGGAUUAGAAUUCUGCAAUAAGGAUAUGGAUAGGUUGUGUAUUGAGAGUGGGAUUAGGAGACACAAAACUGUGCCCUAUACUCCCCAACAGAAUGGCUUGGCUGAGAGAAUGAAUAGGACCCUCCUAGACAAGGUUAGGAGUAUGCUUGCCACUUCUGGCCUCCCCAAGAAGUUUUGGGGAGAAGCUGUCAACACUGCCACCUACUUGAUAAAUAGAUCUCCUUCUGUACCCUUAGAUGGUAAAUGUCUUGAGGCUGUCUUCUCUAAGAAACCCAUUGACCUGUCACACCUAAAGGUGUUUGGGUGUGCUGCCUAUGUACACCAACAGACUGAUAAGCUAGACCCUAGAUCUAAGAAAUGCAUUUUCUUAGGAUAUCCUGAAGGUGUUAAAGGGUAUAGGAUCUAGGAUAGGAACCAGAGUGGUUUUAAGGUCAUUAUAAGCAGAAAUGCUGUGUUCAAUGAAAGUGAUUUUCCCUGCUUAGUUAAAAAUGUGACUGACCCUCAAACUGUGCAUGAUGGCACCUCUCCUAGUGAGGUGGAGCCUAUCCAGACCGCUGCUGCCCCUCUGUUAAAUGAGUUUAUUACUCCUGACUUGACCAACACUAUGCAUGACACCCACUCCAUCUCCAGUGAGGUGGAGCAGCCCAGUGGUUCUAAUAGUAAUGAUGAAAAUUUGCAUGAUGUGAUUGUUCAAUCUGAUUGUGCUGAUAAUGAAGAACUUGGUGAGAUCCAAGUUGAGAAUGAAAGUCUAGAUGAUUAUGUGUUAGCCAGAGAUAGGACUAGAAGAAACAUAAAGAAGAUUUCUGAUAGCAUGACUGACUAUGCUUUUCACCUGUAUGAUACUUCUUUAUUUGCUUUCCCUGUUUUUGAAACUCUUGAGUUGAAUGAGCCUAAAACCUACCAGGAAGCCUUUGCCUCUAGAGUCCGGAUUUCUAACAGUGGUAUCAAAGCCUGGAUGCUGCUGCCUCUCGCUGACGCCGGAAGCUCACCAGACAACUCCCACACCGGAAACAACUACUGCUCCAUCGAAGUUGGUAAGUCGGGUUGUCUUUGCUGGACACCCGCUCAGGUAUAACACCAAAACCCUAACCUUUGGGCUGCUGGAGUGCCACCGGCUUCUGUGUUGCAUGGGUAGUUCUGUAACCCUAGGUUAAGGAACUGCCGGUUAGAAACCCUAGCUUUUCCGUUUUGCAUGUGCAGAUCCUGUCUAGACAGAUCUGCAGAAACCCUAAGUCUGUUGAAAUAGUGCAUGAGUGAUCCAAUCUGUGUCGAACUUGGCCACUGGUUAUAUGUGAACUUGUUUUGCUAAAAUUAUUCUCUGUGUGAUUACCUCUGAACCUGUCUCUGUAUUGCUGUAGCUUGCCCUAAUUUCUGUUGUAUUAUCUGUGUUAUUUCUCUGCUCAGUUAGUCUGUUAAUUUUCUUGUGCUUGGUGUUGAGUUCUGGUAAUUGUGUGGCUUCCUAACCCCUGGUUGGCUAGGGCACCUGAGGUUAGGGCUAAGUGAUUCCCUGCCAGCCACUUCAGUGGCCCCGGAACUGCGUGGUCACUCAGUCCGCAGCCCAAACCACCAGGGUUAAGCCUUUAUAUUACCUGUAUCUCUGCAGUUUUGUAGUGACUGUUAUCAUGGCUUCAAACCAGUAUGGUAUGAUGCCUUUUAAUGGUAAGACUGACUUUGAUAUUUGGAAACAGAAAAUAAAAUGUGUGUUAAUACAACACAAAGUUCAUAGAGCUGUUACUGGACAAUACUUAGAAACUGAAGAAAAACCUAAACAAGUUGAAAUGAAUGAAACAACGUGCUCAACCAUAUACUUAAACUUGUCUGACUCUGUCCUUAGAAAGGUUGGAGUCAUUGAGUCUGCUAAAGACCUCUGGGAUAAACUUGAGUCUCUAUAUACUGAUACUUCCCUUCCUGGCAAACUGUUUUUGUUGGAAAAGUUUUUUAGAAGUUAAAUGGCUUUUCAAAGUUAAAGAAGAACCAAAUGACAUUAGGUUUAAAGCUAGGUUAGUGGCUAAAGGUUUCACUCAAAAGGAAGGGGUAGACUAUGCUGAAAUUUUUGCUCCCGUAGUAAAAUUCACCACAAUUAGGAUGAUGCUUGCCCUAGUUUCCCAUAAUGACUGGGAGAUGAAGCAGAUGGAUGUUACCACUGCUUUCCUGCAUGGUGAACUAGAUAAACAGAUUUUCAUGACCCAACCUGAGGGUUUUGUUGACCCUAAGUACCCUAGACAUGUCUGCCUACUUAGGAAGGCCCUCUAUGGUCUGAAACAGUCUCCCAGACAAUGGAAUAUCAAGUUUGAUCAAUGUAUGUCUUCCCUGAGCUUCAAAAGGUCUGAUUCUGACCCUUGUUUGUAUUUUAAGAAUACUGCCUCUGUACCUGUUUUCCUGUUGAUCUAUGUUGAUGACAUGCUUAUCAUUAGCCCCUCUGUGAAUGCUAUUAAGAUUGUUCAAAAGUGCCUUUGUGAAAACUUUGCUAUGAAAGACCUUGGAGAUGCUAAGAGAAUCCUAGGUAUUAAUAUACUUAGGGAUAGGAGUAGGUUUACCCUUACCCUGAACCAAACCUCCUAUCUAGAAAAGGUCUUGAAAAAGUUCAAAAUUGACUCUGCCCAACCUGUGAAUGUUCCCUUAGCACCCCAUUUUGUUCUAAGCAAGGAUCAGUCCCCAAGGACUGCUCCUGAGAUAGAUAGGAAGAAGGUUGUACCCUAUUCCAGUGCUAUAGGGUCAGUCAUGUAUCUCAUGGUAAGCACUAGGCCUGAUAUAGCUUAUGUUGUUAGCUGCUUAAGUAGAUAUAUGGCAAACCCUGGUAUGUCUCACUGGACUGCCCUUAAAUGGCUCCUUAGAUACCUUAGGGGUACAUCUUCUCAUGGUCUUGUGUUUUCUAAAACUGAAACUGACAUUUUACUUACUGGCUAUGUUGACUCCAAUUAUGCAAAUGAUAGGGACAAUAGAAAGUCUACUACUUCCUACAUUUUUACUCUUUGUGGUUCCUGCAUAAGUUGGAAAUCUCAACUACAACCUAUUGUUGCACUGUCCACUACUGAAUCUGAAUACGUGGCAGCCACUGAGGCCUUUAAAGAGGCUAUUUGGCUUAAACGAAUGCUAACUGAAAUUGGUUUUCUUAAGCAGGUUGUGACAGUCUACUCUGAUAGCCGGUCUGCUAUCCAAUUGUGCAAAAGUCUUGUAUUCCAUGACAUGACAAAGCACAUUGAUGUCAGGUUUCAUUUUAUAAGAAAUAUUUUGGAUGCAGGUUGGAUAAAGCUGUCCAAGAUACCUUCUGAAUUUAAUCCUGCUGAUAUGGGGACUAAAUGUCUCACUUUUGAAAAACUGUUGUCUUGUAAACGUAUUCUUAAUUUAGAUUGUGGCUAGAUAAGAACUGUAAAACACGAAAAACCGGCGAUGAUGAUUCUUCCUUUCACGUUGUGCUCUACACCACCAGGGGGACCAAUAAGGUGGAGAUUGUUGAUGGUAUUGGUCCACCUCACCCGGGCCACCUCUAUGUCUUGGUCCACCUCAUUUAAUUUGCUGGUCUCCUAUUUAAUGUUUUGGCCCAACUGGGCUGGAAACCUGACCAAGCCCAUUCCCUUAUCCCUUGUCUUAUACCCAGCCCAUGCCCGUGUGGCCCUCUCUUAUAUUGUCUGGUUCUUUCUCGAAUCUCCUAUUUGACUCCUCCCCUUCCUCCUCCUUCCGAUGAGGCAAUCGGUUGGUUUCCCUAGACCUAGAGUGAGAGAGUUUCUGUUCCCGGAGAAUUCUAGCUCCGACUAUACUCCGGUGAUACGUUGGGGUUCCCUUGGGGGGUCUUCACUCUAGUCUGGUAAUGUGGUGGGUUGGUUUUACCUCCGGUGGGUCUUUUGGGCUGGGUUCUGGGUUCUGGUUGUGAGGGCUUGUUGGUUGUCGCCCUUCGUCUUCCCUGAUUGUAACUCUGGUGGUGAGUGUGAGCAAGCCCUUGGGCUUUGUGGUGAUUGAGGUCUGAGCCUGUCCGGAUUUCUAACAAUAUCUAAACUAGAAAGUACGGAUUUUCCAGCUGAACAGUGAUAAUCCCUGAGCUUAGAUAUCCACGUUGUGGGGUUAAUGACCCAAUGAGGAUUGACCCAUAAACCCUUAAAGAUGUGAAUCAUUAUGUGCUCUAAUAAUGGUAUCAAUAUCAGAGAUGAU